GGCACAAGUCAAAGAUUUCUUCCAUUGAAAAAUUGCUCAAGAUCUAAAGAUGGCUUUUGCUGGUAUCCUGAAUGACGCUGACAUCGCAGCUGCUCUAAAGAGCACUGAAGCCAAGGACUCUUUCAACUUCAAAGAUUUCUUUGCUAAGUCUGGUCUGAACAAAAAGUCUGCUGAAGCCCAGAAAAUCUUUGAGAUCUUGGACCAGGACAAGAGCGGUUACAUUGAGGAAGCUGAACUGAAACUGUUCCUGAAGAACUUCAAUGCUGCUGCCAGAGAACUGACCGAUGGCGAGACCCAAAAGUUUUUGUCAGCUGGUGAUUCCGAUGGUGAUGGCAAAAUUGGAGUUGAAGAAUUCCAGGCUUUGCUGAAGGCUUAAAGCAAUUUCUUAAUGGAAGAACAACUUCUUAAAAAAUCAGUCCCCAUUUUUAUUUCUGUUUAACUGAAGGGUUAGUGGAACCUGGUUAACAAUGUUAAUGUUUGCCCCGUUAAAGAGGGUUUCUUUUCCAACACCCACAAGCAAAAGUCAAUGCCAUCUUCCCUAUCAGUAGAGUCUUACUACGUUGUCUUCAGCACACAACAUCAGGAUCCUCAGCUCCCACAACUAGAAGUUCGGCUCAGAGACAAAACAAUGCCUUCAUCUAUUUAUUUAUAUAUUUUUUACAUUGAUAAUGCACUUCCAGCUGUUUACACUAUUGCAACUUUUGUAAAUCCACACAUUGAUGAUGUCUAGUCUUGAUGUCUUCAUGGAUAACUUAAAGCAGCAAGGAUGAUGUAAAGACAAUGCUAUCAAUAAAAGGACAUUUUGGAAUCA